CAACCAAUUGACGCUCCUCCAUUCAAUUCCUCUUCAGCUGCGUCCUUCAAUCACUAUAUAUCCCCUACAGCAAUGGCCUCUCUUCUCUCCUAUCUGCCGCCUUUUGAGGGCAUACUGCCCCAAUGGCUCGCAUUGGUCUCCGUCAUCUCAGCAGCAAACAGCAUCCAAGCCUAUCGAUCGGAGUCCUAUGCCGCAGAUCUCUACAACGCAAAGUCCGUUGAUGGUCGCCCGCCCACCAACCCUCUCUCUUCUCGGACUUUCGGCACCUGGACUUUCCUUUCCUCCGUAGUCCGCAUGUACGCCGCCUAUAACAUCAAUAACCCGGCUGUCUACGAUCUCGCUAUCUGGACUUUUGGCCUCGCUCUGCUGCACUUUGUGGGCGAGUGGUUGGGCUUCGGUAGUGCGCAGCUCAAGGGUCGCUUCAUCAGCCCCCUGAUCGUUGCUUCGUCCACGCUGGCUUGGAUGUUGACACAACGGGAGGCAUAUCUGGCUCUUUAGGUUGCAGUUGCAGAAUGACUGUUUUUUUUGUCGCAACGGGCUUAUAUAUCUUUCUACCUUCUAUAACCCAGGAAACAAGAAUGAGCUAUGGGUUAGCUAACUUGUUAUCGCAUUAAUCAAAUUAUAAUCAAAAUGUUGGGGGAUUUCGCGAUUAUUUG